UGGUGCGUAAAUCUUACAUCGCUGAGUUCGUGUAGCUGAGUUCUAAAAAAUUUUCCCUUUUGAUUUCCUCAGCUUGAACAUAAAGGAAUCGGUAGACAUUCAUCUUAUAGAUAUGUGUUGUAGAUGUUAAUGAUUCUAGAAUUUGGUUUCGUUUUGUUUCUUAUUCGGUUCGGCGAUCGACAUUUGUUGAACACGAAUCCUUGAGCAGGAAAGGCGUGAAAAUUGUGCCAAAGGUUUCCAUAAAUUGAUGUCGGAAUGAAUAAAAUUGGAAAAGGUGGAGUUCCAAUGAGGAAUAUAUGGUUGAGUGUUUUGAGAUCGUCCCACAAGGGAUUGGAGUACGGGAGUUGCAACGCUGCGUCUAAUGCUGUAGCUGAAUUUUCGUCGUUGGCAGCGAAAAGAUCUCGGAUUAUUGAUUUCUCCAGAAAGGUUGCUUGUCGAGCUGGCGGGAACUCCAUCUUGCACAGGGACAAGUCGAAUAGUCAACAUGCAUUGAUUUUUCCGUCAUCACAUCAACUUGCCAUGAGCACCGCACAGAAUUUGAGAAAUUCUUUCUUUGUUAGAUGCUUGACUUCUGAAUCUUCAGAGUCAAAAAGGCGAAAAGAAUCGGAGACUCGUAAAGAAAUAUCCACUGUUGAGGACCCAUUUGAUGCUCCAACCUAUAACAUUCCAGAGAAGCCGGUCACAUUCACCGAGGGUGCUUCUUAUAGCAUCAUCAUCCUUGCAGGCCUUGGCAUUGCUGGUGCUGCUGCAUAUGGAGUUUUCAAAGAACUUAUAUUCGAACCCAAGGAGUACAAAAUUUUCAACAAGGCACUGGAUAGAGUUCAAAAUGACGGCCAAGUUAGGGUUAGAAUUGGAUCCCCUAUAACUGGCUACGGAUCAGAAAGCAGAAACCGUGCUGCUCGUCAACGCAUCCCAAACAAAACAUGGACUGAUGAAGAUGGAGUCGAACACGUCAUGGUCAAUUUCCACAUCCGCGGACCACAUGGAGCCGGAAAAGUUUAUGCAGAGAUGUUCAAAGAUAAGGUGGACAAGCAAUGGAAGUUCAUGUAUUUGAUCGUGGAAGUGACGUCGCCCUCCCCGGCCCAACUGAUGCUCGAGUCGUAUGUUCCAGCAUGAUGCCGGCUGUUGCGACAGACAAUCGAAUCGUGGUAAGCCUUUAUUGAAAAAAAUACUAUGAAAUUUGGAGAUUUUGUUUUGCAGCAUAAAAUUGCGUUGGAUUUUGCUGCAGCUUAUUUUCAUUUUUUUUUUUUCACAAUUUUGGUAAAAAAAAAGGAUUUCGUCUUGGCAGUGUGACAUUUGGUUUUGUCAAAAAAGAUAAUUAAUAAAAGGAAUCAUGACAAUGCAAUUUUUUGGUGAAGAAUUAUUUUGGAGACUAUUUUGUGGCUUGCAUGCAGUUUCUUGUG